AUGGGGGAAAAGCCGACAACUAGAAACAGCACACAAGAGUUAACCAAUGAAGUAAAUGUGACAAAACUUGUAAGUGAGAUUAAAGGCAAGAAUAAUGAUAAUAGUGUCAAAGAAUCUGGUGAUGAAACCUUCGAAUUUGCAAGAGAUGUAAAAAAUAAAUUCAAAAAUCUUAACGGUAUUCAGACCACUGUUGCUGAUAGACCGUUCGUAUUCCGGGAAACUGAUCUCAAUGACGCACAUGUUAAUGUGAAGAGGAAAGAAAAUGAAACGGACCGUAAUGGAAUGUGGACUGUGAGAGAUUUAAGUGAUAACGACAAUUUACGUGAGAAAUUUAAUCAGUCGAAUGAAACCCAGAAUUUGACCCAGACCAGCCAGAAAUCUAUGAAGAGAAGUGGUGUACAAGGAGAAGCGAACAUCAUCAACCGCAUCAGUGAUAGAAUCGCCAAUGAAGAUGGCAGGCAAGGGAGCGAGAGCGGUGUUGUGUGGGGUGAGGGAGGGAGUUCCAAAUUCUUGUUAGUAACAACGGCAGCUAAACCAAUCGAUCACAUUGAGUCAUACAAAAAACAUCUAGAAGUCAUGUGGAAGUCAUACGGCGUGUUUCGCGCCGCACUUGUGGCUUUGGCGUGGAGGAACAACGAGGAUGGUGGACGGAAUGAAUCCACAAGCACAAAUCAGCCCCAGCUGGUGCAGUUCGACCCAGGGCUUUAUCACUUCAGCGCAAGUCCCUUAGGCCCCGACUCUCAUGUCGUCGACCGCGCCUUCAUUGCCGACUACAACUGCAGAACGUUGCCCGUCAUUAACAGCAUCCUUCCUUACGGCGACCCCAGCGGACCUCUCGGCGCCCUCUCUGCUGGCUCCUGCGACUGCGAAUCUGAGGACUUUCUCCCGCAUGUGGUGCCGACAACCUCAGCCUCUUCUGCCACAACCACCGGUCAGGACGAAGGUGUGUUUCUAGCAUAA